AUGAAGAAGUCUUUGACGUGUCAAACUUCAGAAUCGGAUUCAGAUGAUGAGGAGGAUAUAGGCAGGGUGAAAAGAGCACCUAAACCAAUCCACUACUAUGGUGACACUGACUAUGAAAGUGAACGUGAAGACGUGGCUAAUAAAACAAAAGUUCCCUUGAAAAGAUUUUCAAAACCUCAACAGUCAACUGGACCUUGCAUGUUCUCCCCACAUUCUGCACCUCUGGUACCAUCACCACCUUUACCAUCUGUGCCACCUUGUCGCUCACCACCACAUUCUUUGCUUCAGGUGCCACCUCCUUACCAGUCACUAUUGCUCUCUGAAAAUACAUCUCAACAAAUUUCCACGAGCCUUCCAAAAAUGAAAAAUACUUCUGAACUCUUCAAGCCUACUUACAGAGUGGGUCGAUGUGGAACAGAACCAAUACCUUGUACUGCUGCAGAUCUUCAUAUCCUCACAUUGCUUGAACAUGUGAAGCACCAGCUGUCACAAUUGGCUGCCAUGAUCAGUUCACUAUCUGGGCGGCUAAACAUUGAAUGCUCACCUGAUAUGCCUGAGGUGGUCCAGUUUCCUUUACAAUCAUUGGUGGAAGUGGAUGACUUUGAGGCCUGCUUGAAACAACCAACCAAUGCUUUGAAGAAAAAGAACAUGAUUUCUGUACUGGCAUCUAUCGGAGGACAAGAUACCAAGCGUGUCACUUGGAAUAUUCUUUCACAUAUUUUUGGAGAUGAUGUUGCAAAAAAGAUAAACUGGAAGGGAGUGAAUGAAAAACGGGCCUUCGGUCAAAUGGCAACCAAAACUCUUAUUAUGCGUGCAGUUCGCCAGAGUCACAUGGCAGCCAAAGCUACAGAUGUGGAAAUUAAUAAAUUUGCCAUUAGAUGGUUCAAUUUGGCAGCUGACCGUGGUGGUGGUCGCAAGGAACGCUGCAGGAGAGUGCAGGCAGCAGUGCCUUCUGAAUCAGGACUGAUGUAA